AUGCCUUUUAAUUGUAGUACUUGGACUUUUGAUUUACCAAAUCCUACCGGACCUUACGAUGUCGGUAUUACAGAAGUAAUGUGGGGUAAUCGUGAUGGAUGUUUAUUUGAUAUAUUUUAUCCAACGUUACCUAGCCAUAAGUUAGAUGAAUACAAUUAUAAAUCAUGGCUUCCAGAGCCCCAGAAAGAAUACUUUGAAUCCAUUGCCAAAGCACCUCUAGAGCUAAAAACGAAUGCCGUAGAGGAAUGGAUAUCAAGCAUGAUAUUUGACCGAAUGAGGGCGAAAGUAUAUGCAGAUGCACCGUUAGCUAGCAAUGACGAUUAUUCUACUUCAUCUCAGUUCAACUUAAAUUCUAUGCCAGUUUUGGUUUGUUCUCAUGGUUUGGGGUGCCAUAGAGCUAUGUUAAGCAACUUGUGUUCUGAAUUCGCCUCUUAUGGCUACGUUGUUGCAUCUCUUGACCACAGAGAUGGAUCUGCUUGUUACACAUACUACAUCAAUGAGGAAGGCAAACGUGUCGAUGUCCCUUUCAAAUUCUUGAAAACGAAUGGAGACUACGAAGAUAGAAAUAGACAAGUCAAUCAGAGAGCAAGCGAAUGUUCAAUGGUGGUAGACUUCUUGAACAAAUUGCAAAAUGGUGAGCCUGUUAAGAAUUUAUCAAAGACAAACUUCGAUUUAGGCCAAUUUGAAAAUCGCCUAAUCAUGUCAUCCGUGGGAAUCUUUGGGCACUCCUUCGGCGGCGCUACAACAGCAACCGUAUUGGUAAAAGAUCACCGAUUUAGUUGUGGAAUAGCUUUAGACCCUUGGAUGUUUCCUGUUGAUCAUGAUCUUCAUCAUAAUUUUAACAAACCAUUCUAUGUUUUGAACGCUCAUUCAUUUUCUUGGCCGCAUAAUAUAACACAGAUUCAAAGAUUUAUGGACAAAGAUAAUACAGAAAAUGCGGACAGAAAACUAUUUACAAUAAGGGAAACUUGUCAUAUAGAUCUGACUGAUUUUCCAUUGCUACUUCCCUACUUUCUUGCAAACCAAACGACCAAAGUUGGUAAUUUGGAUCCCUCACUAAAGGGUGCAGUCAGUAACAAAAUCUGCUUCGAUUUUUUUGAAAAAUAUCUAUGCUGCACAGAAUGCAAUCGGUAUAGAGGUGGCAACAUCAAUGUUCUAGAUUAUGCUUUUGAAGGAACAAACGUCGAAGUUGCUGGGCAUGAAAAUGACGGUAAAGAACUAGAUGUACUAAAAUUAAUCUUCUGGUAG